AUGCUGGGGCUGAAGAAGAACAAGAAGGAUAAGGACGGAAAGAGGAAGAGCGAGAAGAAGGAGAAGAAGGGAAAGGACAAGAAAAGUGUCGGCAGUAGUGAGGACGUUGCCGCGCCGGUCUACUCGACCAAGGCCCAGCGCACCCUCCUCGUCAUCGACUCCGAAUCCCGGGACUGGGCGCCCCUCUUCAGUCCCGUUCAAGGGCUCAAGGUGGAACAGUGCGGAUGGAAGGAUAUGAUCGUGCAGGCGGAGAGCAACGGCCAGGCUCUUGUCAACUUCCUCACCGCUACGAAGGAGACUAAAGUGUGCCAACCCGACUUCGUGCUGGUGAGACAGCUCGUGCGCGGGUUGUGCGAGGACGAGCUCUACACCAACGCCCUCUACGGACUCCUCUUUGCUGGGAUUCCCGCAGUCAACUCAAUCGACAGCAUCCAUCAGGGACUUGAGAGGCCGGCCGUCUACGCCGCGCUGCGAGGAGGCAAAGACAAAUUUCCUCUGAUCCCCAUGAGCUACUACUCGCACGCCAAAGCGAUGCGCUUCACCCCCGAUUUUCCCCUGGUGGCCAAGAUCGGGUCGGCCGAGGCCGGCUACGGCAAGAUGCGCUUCCAGACCUCUGACGACUUUGGCGACUUCCGAGGAGUGGUGGCGCUCCACAAGGACUACGUGACGCUGGAGAAGCUCAUCGAGGAUCGGGAGUACGACAUCCGCGUGCAGAAGGUCGGCACGCACCUGCGGGCGUACAAGCGCAUGAACUCCAACUGGAAGGGCAACGUGGGCACGUGCGUCCUUGAGGAGAUCGAGGUGACCGACACCUUCCGCGAGUGGGCCGAAGAGUGCGGCAAGCUGUUCGGCGGCAUGGACAUCCUCACGGUCGAUGCAAUCCACAGCAAGGACGGCAAGGACUACAUUCUGGAGAUCAAUGACACGGCAAGUGGCUUCGCGCCCGCCAACAUGGAAGAGGACAUGCGCCACGUGCGCGACCUCGUCCUUCAGCGCAUGCACGAAGCCUACCCCGAUGACUGA